CUUAUAGAUGUGAACUUGCUUUCUCGUACGUUCGUUCGCCCAUUUCUUUGCAAGUUCAUGAUCGGGUCAAGCCAAAUCCAAAGAUUGCCUGUGUCCUAAUAGGCCUAGUGCUGGCUCGACCCAAAGAUUUGAAACAUCAGGCGAACCUGAAGAUCACCUAUACCCCAACAAUAGUUCAUGGCUUGACCUGA